UUCAGUGGGUGGAAAGUUCGGAAAUUAAAACUAAACGAAAAUAAAUAUUAAAGGCGUUAAGGUGGGCGGGGACAGAGGCUGUCUAUAUAAAAAAACGUAAGAACCCCUGCUCUGUGGUCUAUAUUAGCACCUAGCUACACACACUCCAUCUUCCAUAUACAGUCUGGGAGCAGACUUUGUCAGGUCAAACCAUCCACCGUGUGCUCACCUGCUACAAUGCAAGUCUCAAGGAAAACCUGUACUCACUAUACAAAUAAGUUAAUAUCACAAAUUUGCUUUCUGGUGACCUAGAAAUAGUGCAGAAUCUUGAAUACUUAACAUGCAAGAUGCUAAACAUUUUUCCAAACUUUCUGCUUAUUUGCAGGCUUUAAAUCAAAUAAAUUCCAGAUUUUCAAUACGUUCUCAUACUUUUGGACACCGCCGAACGUCCCUAGUAUUUAAACUUUUAUGCUGGAUCAAUAUUAGAUACACAAUACUGGAUUUCUAAGCCGCAGAGAGAUACGAGAAGAUAAGUGGAUGAAUAUCCACUAGAGGGCGCCGUCUGAACUGUGAGGAGGAUCUGUAAUCGUUGGAGGAGCAGGAGAUAAAGGAAAUGUGGCUCAGUGGUGAUAGUUCGGUGCUGUGAUUUUUGAUUGGAAGGUGUUAGGUUCAAAUCCCCAAAACUGCCACUGAGUAAGAACCUCAGAGUUCAGUGGAAAUGGAAAUUUAUGUUACUUAGACAACUGGUGUCUGUUUAUAAAAAUGGACAAAAGAGCUAAAACAGUCAUGGGUCUGUCUUGAAUUCUUCCUCAGCAUAAAGUGUGGAGACACUGAACACCUGGAUCACUGUCAGGUAAGAGGCGUGGCCUAAAGUUUCAAGGUGGAAAGCUUUCACUUUUGGCUUCUCUAUUAAAGAUGCAAUAGUCCUGAAAACUUACAGACCAUUUCUUUCUUACUUAAUGCAUCUUUAAUAUUCCAAGCAGAUAAUCUUUUCCUAUCUGUAAUUAUUAUUUAGUCAUGUGCAGAUUAUGGUGCUUGUUUGUUCCCUGUUGGUGUCCUAAAUCUGGCCCAGACAGUUGGACUGGCUCAUUAGAAAGCCGAUAGACAUUAGGGAGCGUGAUGGAGGAGCUGCUUUCUCAUCAACUGACUCAGCAAAUUCUGCAGAGUUUCCAGGCAAGAGAUCAGGCCAAGUCAAGUUUCCCAAACCUUUCAGAGUCCCAUAAUGCAUUAGACUUGUUCUGUGUGUGUGUGUGUGUGUGUGUGUGUUUCUGUAAAUAUAUUUGUAUAUUUAUAUAGUAAUGAUAUAGUGUGAAAGUCUGAGACAGAAGUCCAAAAGUCUGAGAAAGAAGUGCGAAAGUCUGAGCCACAAAUGCAAAAGUCUGAGACAGGAAUGCAAAAGUCUGCGAAAGAAGUGCGAAAGUCUGAGACAGGAAUGCAGAAGUCUGAGAAAGAAGUGCGAAAGUCUGAGACAGGAAUGCAAAAGUCUGAGACAGGAAUGCGAAAGUCUGAGACAGGAAUGCAGAAGUCUGAGAAAGAAGUGCGAAAGUCUGAGACAGGAAUACGAAAGUCUGAGAAAGAAGUGCGAAAGUCUGAGACAGGAAUGCAAAAGUCUGAGACAGGAAUGCAGAAGUCUGAGAAAGAAGUGCGAAAGUCUGAGAAAGAGGUGCGAAAGUCUGAGACAGGAAUACGAAAGUCUGAGAAAGAAGUGCGAAAGUCUGAGACAGGAAUGCAAAAGUCUGAGACAGGAAUGCAGAAGUCUGAGAAAGAAGUGCGAAAGUCUGAGAAAGAGGUGCGAAAGUCUGAGACAGGAAUGCGAAAGUCUGAGAAAGAAGUGCGAAAGUCUGAGACAGGAAUGCAAAAGUCUGAGACAGGAAUGCAGAAGUCUGAGAAAGAAGUGCGAAAGUCUGAGAAAGAGGUGCGAAAGUCUGAGACAGGAAUGCGAAAGUCUGAGAAAGAAGUGCGAAAGUCUGAGACAGGAAUGCAAAAGUCUGAGACAGGAAUGCAAAUGUCUGAGACAGAAGUCGAAAACUCUGAGAAAGAAAUGCGAAAGUCUAACAUAGAAGUUGAAAAGUAAAAGUCUGCUCUAAUGUAUUAACCCUUGUGUGUCCUUAUGGACAUUUUGGUCUUUUUCAUUUUUGUUUUUUUUAAUCAUUUUGUCUGUGUUGAUGCAAGCAGCAUACAUUUUUGCAAAAGGUGUGUAUUUUUAUUGGAAUUUGAAUAUUUCAUAAAUCUAUUUUAAACUAGGUACACAAAAUAGUUACACUCAGGACUUUAAGGAUAAAAAUGUCCCCACUGAAAAUCAUUUAGUCUGCAAUAUUUAAUCCCCGUGAUGUUUAAGAAUAAAUUAUUUUGUUCACAAGGUUUCAAAACAUUGAAUUUUUUUUUUUUAAAUUCCUGAAACGUGUAGUAUUUUCUCAGGUUUAGCCUCUGGGGAAAAUACAUGCUUUUCCUUUUUACUGAUUGUGUGUGUGUGUGUGUGUGUGUGUGUGUGUGGAUAUCACAGUUGCGAUUUGUAUGCGUGGACUGAACAUUUUACGUGUGCGUGAACAGUUUGAAAUUAAGAAAUGAUCCGACCCCAUGUAUACGAGCCAAAGAAGAUUCCUGAGCUUUGAAGAUUUCCGUGUUCUGUAAAGAAACCGGUGUUUGAAGGGUUAAAAUCCUGAAAAUGAAUGAACGUUUGGUAAUUAUGAUCAGAACUGAUGCUGGUUUUAAAUAAAUAAAUAAAUAAAUAAAUAAAAAAAAAUCGACGUUAGUGAAAGUGGAAAAAAAAUCUGAAUAUAUAAUAUUUUUCUGACAGUUUUUGCACCUGGACAUUUUUCUCCUCUACGGACCCAUGUGUGUACCUUUUUGAACCGACACACAAGGGUUAAAAACAAUAUUCCUACACUACUUUAUCCCAGUAGCUCGAACCAGACUUUUCAACUUUCUACACUUUUACAUUACCGUCCUCGAGCCCUAUCGAUUAACAGAUGACCCGGGCUGCACCCGUGGAAUAUCUUUACAGCGCCUUCUCUGCUUAUUUUGAUAUAAUUACGAGCAGAGCUUUAUGAGAGAGAUGGAGAUGGCGUACAGGGGAUAAAGUGGUGUGUCAGCAGCCGCUUGUCUCUUUAGCCGUGUUUAAGAGCUGCUGAUGGCCUAAUGGUCUUACAGGAACCUGUUCCUGUACCACUCAGACCUACUUCCUGCUCGCUGCCAGCACUUCUGCUGAUACCGGUCAUAAACGCAGAAUUCGAAGGAACACUCCGUAACAGUAGUAGUGAAGUUGUAAUUGUUAGCAUUAGAGCAGCUGAUGUACUGACAUCAUUCCGAUGGUCCAUCGGGGUCAGGUUUAUGUAAAGGAGAGGCUUCCAUUUAAUGAGGGGGGACAAUGAUGAUGAAGCUCAAUAUUGAGGAAAUCGAUAGACUUUCCGAGGGCUAUCUCUGAGGCGGCUCGAGAGAGAGUGAUAUAGAGAGAGAGAGAGAGAGAGAUAGUGGGAGAGACAGCUUUUGAUUUCACCUUCACUUAAAGCUGCCAUUACGGCUGUAUUGAUCUUUUUAUCUAACUGUACUGUUCUAGCACUCAAGGACUCCCCCCAUCUCUUUCUCUCUCUCUCUCUCUCUCUCUCACUCUCUUAUUCUUCAUCAUCUUUCGCAUCAUUUUCUCACUUUAUCUCUUAUAUUUAUCGUCACGCUUUUAGAUGAUAUUUCACCAGACCUUUAUGUUUGCCCCAUUACACAGGAUAAAUCAGCUGGUUUUUGGUGGAAUUUACCUUUCAAAUGCUUUUGAGUUUGUUUACCACCUGUGUCUUUGUGCCAUGACGUUGACAGAAGUGCAAAA